AUGGAUGGCCACCGCUGCUGCACCAAACAGAAUGUCAAACGAGGCCUAUGGUCUCCUGAAGAAGAUGAGAAGCUUUUCACAUACAUCACCACCUAUGGACAUGGAAAGUGGAGCUCUGUCCCAAAAUUUGCUGGCCUGCAUAGGUGUGGAAAGAGUUGCAGAUUGAGAUGGAUAAACUAUCUAAGACCAGAUCUUAAGAGGGGUUCCUUCACUUCAGAGGAAAAACAGACUAUCAUUGAUGUUCAUAGGAUCUUGGGCAACAAAUGGGCACAGAUAGCUAAGCAUCUCCGAGGAAGAACAGACAAUGAGGUGAAGAAUAUCUGGAACUCAUGCAUCAAGAAAAUGCUUUUCUCACAAGGGUUGGACCCAAACACUCACAAUCUCAUACCUUCUCAUCAGAGAGCCUAUAACGACGUUGCAUGCAAAUGCAAUGUAUCACCAAACCAUGAACUAUCCAAUUCAGUUUUCACUCUGAAUUCUCAGAUUACAAAUGCUUACACCUUGGAAAUGGGAACACCUAUUUUUGCAGUACCUGAUAAUCAGCCUCCAUUGCUUCAAAACCCUAAUCCUGUUUGGAAUCAGAGUCUCACUGACUUUACCAGUUUCCCUCACGUAUCAUCCAUUGAGAGCACACCCAAUAUUUCUUCUUCUUUAGUGAAUCUAUCUGGGAUUGGGCUCUUAAACCAUGAGAAUUGUGUUUGGGGUGACAGUACUUUUGCACCCUUUGAAGCGCCAAUAUUGGAAGGAGAGCGACCAAUGAGACAAGAAGUACUGCAAGAGAAGGAAAAGGUUUCUGAGAUGGGAACUAAUAAGGUUAUUCAGAACGUGGAUACUUCGUUUGAUAGCUCUAGCUUUGAUCUGCGGUUUGUGGAGUCGACCUUUGUUUCUGAUUUUAUGCAUCAUGAUUUCAUCUCUAUGGAUGAUUUUGCAUGGAACUAG